CAUUUCACCAGUGCAAAACAGAGCACAGAGAACAGUGACAGCGGAGAAAAGAAAUGGGGAGGAAGAAGGGAGUAGCAGAGUUCGAGGAGUCGCCUCCAGAUGACUUUGAUCCAUCGAAUCCAUACAAGGACCCAGUGGUGAUGCUGGAAAUGAGAGAGCAUAUUGUUAGAGAGAAAUGGAUUGAUAUAGAGAAAGCCAAGAUCUUGAGAGAGAGACUUCGAUGGUGUUAUCGCAUUGAAGGAAUUAAUCAUCUCCAGAAGUGCCGCCAUCUUGUCCAACAGUAUCUUGACUCCACUCGUGGGAUCGGGUGGGGCAAGGACCAACGCCCUCCUUGUCUCCACGGUCCUAAGGUGGAGGCAACAGCUGAGUCUGAAUGAAUCCUUUUCAGUAUUUCACCUGCCUGGUUUUAUAUUAAGGUUUUGGGGUGAUUAUCCGGCUUUUCGAAAUAUAAGAUGGCAUGAAGCAUGAGGUAAUACAAUGCUAAUUUUCUUUGAUAUUUUUCCCUGUUAUAGUGGUUCACAGGUCCUUGAUGAUAUUAAGUCGUGGUAAGCUGGUUCUGAAGUAGUUUGGCUAACCUGAUAAUAGGAAUUGAUUAUCAAUGAAUAGACCCAACUUUGGCUGGUGGAGAAUUUUGAAGGGAAAUCAAAGGGACACAUAAUGUGGGAAUGUAAAGUCUGAGAUACAGGCAGGGUGCUUUAUUAGGAAAGAAAAAUGGAUUGCUUCUUCUCUAAAGUCUUGGGGGGACAGGCCAUUUAUAUGCUGAAAGUUAUCUCUUGUUGGAAAUGAAGGGAAAAUCAGUUACGGUUGUCUAGGUUUUCACAGAGAGGAGAGGCAUGCAUUGUGUUGCUGAGGGUAUCUGACAAGCUAAACUACUGUCUUGAGUUUUACCAUAAUUUAGCAUAAUAUCUUACUUAGGCUUGAUGUUUAUUUUUAACUAGAUUAUUAUUUGUAAUGAGCUUAGCGAUAAAACAUCUAUAUUUUUCUGACUUUUAUCAUAAUUUAACAUAAUAUCUUGCUUAGGCUUACUGUUUGUUUUUAACUAGAUUAUUAUUUGUAAUGAGCUUAGCGAUAAAACAUCUAUAUUAUGCUGGCUUUACCGUGUGGGGUUUUUAUUUUACUGCAUGUGGCAGGAUUUCUAACUUCGUCUGGUUGUUUGGAUCUUGAUGAAUUUUGAUCAAAUAAGAUCUGAUUGCUCAAAAUGCUUAACAGAUUAGUGUCAUGUUUAUGGUGAAGUAGAAUGGUUUUGCAGAGAUUUAAUUUUUGUUGACAAGGAUGCAGUGGACAUAGAUCACACAGGUGUGCUUCAAAAGGAAGGGUGGAAUGUUUUAAGAUGGGAGUAAGGAAAUAUAUUAAAAAAGGAUAGGUGAUCUUGUUUGAAUGGGAAGUGAUCUACACAUUAUCUAUUAAAAAAGGAUAAUUGAAAUGUAUGUGUUAAUCCCAUUGUGACGAAUAAGGAUUUGAUAAUAUAUCCACUGGUUUUAGAUGAUGGUGGCUUGGU